CCAAAAUAUCAAUAUUUCUUGCAACGGAUACCCUUUAAAUGCCAGGUCAACGCAAGACCAAAUAGCCACCCACACGCAUACGACUGUCAGCUGCAUGUCACCAAGACGCUUCAAGACGACUGUGAGAUGGAUAUCGUGGGCAAUGAAACGAAGCAUGCCGCAUCUGACGCCAAUAACGGGCUAGAAAGUGGGGAGACGGUCGCCUCGGAGGGAGUAUUCCCGCAUGACGCAGUAGCAGUAACGGUGAAUAAUAUGCAAGUGUCAGUCGCGAAUGUUACUUCUAGUAUGUUGGAACGUGCGACCAACUACGACGAUGAUGUGAUGGCGGAAGAAGGUGAGGAGACAGCCAGGGCGUCCAGAGACGACGUUCGGCCUCGGGAGAACGAGGAUAGGGAGGACCAGAAUAUUUGAUCCCAGACUAUGAACGGGGAGCCGGCAUGGGAGGCAGAUUAGGAGUUGAAGGAGGUCUCGUGGUAAUAAUGACUUAUCAGCUAGACGAGAAGUAUCUUCCAAGCGAGUUUGCGGACUCUGGAUGGCGCGUGGUGCUUGGUUUGCCUCAGAAUCCAAGGGCACGUCUGCUGCUGAUAUGCCGCUAUAUCCAAAGAACCAUUUUUAAACAGGCGUUGGGAGACGCUUGGAAGAGGUUCCGCUGAUUCAGUGAGAUGUUCCACC